CCUGUCAUUUCUCCCCAGGACCUCUGUCUUUAGGAGACGACUAUGCCACGCAGAAGCAGGAGCCGGACCUCCCGGGUGGCCCCCCCGGCCAGUCGGGCACCCCCAAUGAGAGCUGCCCCAGCACCAGCAGUUCACCCUCCAGUAGCAGCACCACCCUCUGCAGUUGCCCCACCCUCUGCUGCACCCAGGCAGCCAGGGUUAAUGGCCCAAAUGGCUACCACCGCAGCAGGAGUGGCAGUGGGCUCAGCUGUUGGGCACACCAUUGGUCAUGCCAUUACUGGAGGCUUUGGUGGUGGAAGCAAUGCUAAGCCUGCAAGGCCUGACAUCACCUACCAGGAGCCUCAGGGAGCCCAGCCAGGGUACCAGCAGCAGCAGCAGCAGUUUGGCCCCUGCCACUACGAGAUGAAGCAGUUCUUAGAGUGUGCCCAGAACCAGGGUGACUUCAAGCUGUGCGAGGGCUUUAGCGAGGUGUUGAAGCAGUGCAGGUUUGCAAACGGAUUAGCCUGA